UGAUCAGUCAGGGGAGACUUUCAUGCCUUCUUUUAUUACCCAAUAAAAAGUUAAAACCUCCGUAUCCCCUUCAACAUAUCGCAAAAUGUUUUCUUCAAUGGCGCUUCAAUCUAGUUUCAAUACUACUUUAACUAGCUGCUCUUCAUUUCCUUCUCACAAACUCAGUCUCAAAUCCUUCAAAACUUCCAUUCACAUCAAGUCCAACCCCAUUUCAAGAAACCAAAGACGACUCAGUACUACUUUAGCAGCAGCCCCAGAAACACUCACAGCUGAAACAUCUACAGACACCAUCUCCUCAACCCCAGUAGAAAUUGAGAAAGCUGAGGUGUCGGUGAAGCAAGUGGGGAAGCCGAGGCUUGUAUUGAAGUUCAUAUGGAUGGAGAAGAACAUUGGUCUUGCUCUUGAUCAAUCAAUACCCGGGCAUGGCACCAUUCCUUUAAGCCCAUAUUUCUUUUGGCCGAGAAAAGAUGCAUGGGAAGAGCUGAAGGCCACUCUAGAGAGUAAACCAUGGAUAUCCCAGAAGAAGAUGAUUUUACUUCUUAAUCAGGCCACUGAUAUCAUCAAUUUAUGGCAGCAAAGUGGUGGUAAUCUUACUACCUAAAUGUGUGCAGUAGAGUACACAUUGCUUUUGGGUACAAAUUUGGGGUUUGGGUAAGUCUACAUUGUUUUGUAUUUUAGCUAUUCUAAACUAGAUUAUGAUAAUGCUCCAUUAUUGCGAAUGGAAUUUGGCUUUGUGAGUUUGCUACUAUUCAUUUAUACAAGAGUUGUUUGUUUGAUUUUC